GCAUUUACUUCCCCGUUUAUCAAUUUAGCCAUUAUUGAUUAAAAUCGUUGGCAUAAACAUUGCCAACUUUGGAGCUUAUCAGGCAUUCAGGAUGGCAUGUGGCAGAGGAAUGAAGCUUAAGGAGCUUGAGUCACACCUUGGAGAUGUUGACGUGUUUGAGAAACCAAAAGUUUUACUAGAACAGUACCCCACCACUCCACAUUUAGCAGCAUGCAUGUUACACACCAUUCACUCGACAUACAACGACCUAGAGGACAAGCAUGUCCUUGACCUAGGCUGUGGGUGUGGUGUUCUCAGUAUCGGAGCUGUUAUGCUAGGGGCAAGCAAAGUCACGGGAAUAGAUAUAGACGAAGAUGCCUUGGAAAUGUGUAGACAGAAUGCAGACUUUUUUGACAUUGAAAACAUUGACCUUGAACUCCAUGAUGUGACCUCUAUGGCACCAGAGGUCAUAGAAAGGUUAAAGGGGACGGUUGACACAGUUGUGAUGAAUCCUCCAUUUGGCACUAAGCGAAAUGAAGGCAUAGACAUGGAAUUUGUAAAGACAGCAUUGCAUCUCACAGAUAAUGUUGUGUACUCUCUACACAAAUCAUCAACAAGGGAGAUGUGGAUAAAAAACACACCAAUGAAGGUCCCAAAUCAGAAAGGACAGCACAUUGAGAAGAAAGCUGAAGACUGGGGAGUGAAGAUGGAAGUAUUGGCGAAGAUGAGAUUUGAUCUGAAACAGACCCUAAAGUUUCAUAAGAAAAAAUCAUUGGACAUUGAAGUUGACUUUAUCAAAUUUUCUCACAAAAAGUCCAAAUUGAAGCCACAGAAUAAAGUCUGAAAGAACAAA